AUGAAAACCUUAUUCCAGAGUAUACAAGACAGUUUUGAUGGAUGUGCUCAUGAUGUAACCACACCAAUCUCCUGCUGUAAAUAUCUAAUUGCACUUUUCUGCUCCUUUAAGCAAAGCAAAUCAGCUGUGAGACUGAAAGAAGACAUGAAAAAGAUAGCUGCAUUUCCACUGACCAAACAGAGGGAUGUAACUGGUCCAAAGGUGUUUGGUGUGAGUCUUCUGGAACUCCAGCAGCAGGGUCUGAGCAAGAAUGGCAUCCCAAUAGUUGUGUGGAAUAUAGUCGAAUACCUGACCCAGCAUGGUAUGAGCCAGGAAGGCCUAUUCAGGGUAAAUGGCAGCAUGAAAAUGGUGGAGCAAUUGCGCCUGCAGUAUGAGCGUGGAGAAGAGGUGGAACUUGUUAAAGAUGGGGAUGUAUACUCAGCAGCCAGUCUACUGAAAUUAUUUUUGAGAGAGUUGCCAGAUGGGAUUAUCACAUCUGCCUUACAUCCCAGGUUCAUUCAGCUUUACCAGGACACUAGGAAUGACAUGCAGAAGGAAAGUAAUUUGAAAGAACUCCUUAAAGAAUUGCCUGAUGCUAAUUAUUGCCUGCUGAAGUAUCUCUGCCAGUUCCUGACAAAAGUUGCUGAGCAUCACGUAGAGAACAAGAUGAAUCUUUGCAACCUUGCCACUGUUUUUGGACCAAACUGCUUUCAUGUGCCUUCCGGUUUUGAAGGGAUAAAGGAACAAGAAAUCUGCAACAAGAUAAUGACUAAAAUGCUAGAAAACUACAGUACGUUGUUUGAUUUGGAGGGUUUUAAAAAGGAUGAAGAAAAGCCUGCAUGUGAAGAGCUAGCAAGAAUUAUUUUGGUCAAAGAACCCACUUGGGAGAAGUCCCUGUCAGUCAAUACGACAACAUCUAUAGAAAGGGAAUCAUCAAAGUCAGCACCAAGGAAUAAGAAAUCUUAA